AAACACUAAAUCAACAACAACAAUUAUAUACCCACAACAAAGAGCGUUUUUUUUUCUCCCUUUCAAUGGAGCUCAUAGUCCCGAUUACUCAUAUCUUAGCAGUACUUGUGUUGCUCCUAAUUGUUCUCAGGAUAUCCGAUGCUUUUACGAUCCUUGUUUGGCAGCCAUUGAUUUUGACCAGAAGGUUCAAGAAACAAGGAAUCUCAGGCCCAAGAUACAGAAUCUUGUACGGUAACAUCGACGAGAUAAAGAAGAUGAAGAGAGAAUCUCAGCUUUCGAUUCUUGAUCCGAGUUCCAAUGAUGUUUUUCCACGUAUCUUCCCUCAUUAUCAACAAUGGAUGUCUAUAUACGGAGAGACGUUUCUAUACUGGAACGGAACAGAGCCGAGGAUAUGCAUCUCAGAUCCUGAACUUGCCAAACAGGUCUUGUCGAGCAAGUUAGAUUUCUUUGUUAAAUCAAAGAUAAGACCCGAGUUCCUGCACCUUGUAGGCAUGAAAGGACUUAUCUUUGUCGAAGGUGUAGACUGGGUUCGCCAUAGACGAAUCUUGAACCCUGCUUUAUCCAUUGAUAGGAUCAAGGUCAUGACAAAAGUGAUGGUGGAUUGCACACUGAGGAUGUUAGAUGAGUGGAGAAACCAGAGGAGUGAUGAUAAAACAGAGCAAUUAGUGCUGAAAAAGGAGAUGAACAGAGAGUUUUCGAGAUUAACCGCUGAUAUUAUAGCGACCGCUGCGUUUGGAAGCAGUUACGCCGAAGGAAUCCAUGUGUUUAGAACACAAGAAGAGCUUAAACAGUGUUGUGCCAUUUCUCUCACUAACAUCUUCAUCCCUGGAACCCAGUACCUUCCUACGCCUUUGAACUUUCGGAUAUGGAUGCUGGAUAGGAAACUGAAGAACUCAGUCAAGAAAAUCGUAGUUUCGAGACUACAAUCAGAAUCAGAUUACGAAGAUGAUCUUCUGGGAAUCAUGUUAAAAUCAUGCAAAUCUGAAGAGAACGAACGAAAGCUAGACAUUGAAGAGAUCAUAGAUGAAUGCAGGACUUUCUUCUUGGGUGGGAACGAUUCUGUUACGAAUUUAUUGACAUGGUCAACGAUGUUGCUUAGCUUGCACCAAGAUUGGCAGGAGAAACUCAGAGAAGAGAUUUUCAAAGAAUGUGAUGAACAUGGUGUUCAUGGAGUCGCUUCGCCUGUACGGACCACCAUUUUUGUCCCGAGAAGCAUCAAAAGAUUUGAAGCUAGGAAACCUAGAAAUUCCCAAGGGCACUACCAUAAUUUUCCCGCUUUUGAAGAUGCACAGCGACAAGGCCAUUUGGGGAGAAGACGCAGACAAAUUCAACCCGAUGCGAUUCAAAAACGGCGUUUCCCGAGCCGCCAAACAUCCAAACGCUCUCCUCGCGUUCUCCACCGGACCAAGAGCUUGCAUUGGCCAAAACUUUGCCAUGAUCGAAGCCAAGACCGUGCUCACCAUGAUCCUUCAACGAUUCCGACUUAGCCUCUCCGCCAAGUAUAAGCACGCACCGGUGGAUCACCUCACGGUGCAGCCUCAGUACGGCUUACCCGUAAUGCUCCACCCUCUUGGAGAAUUCAAGUAAUUAAAAAAAAAUGCCCAAAUUUGAUCGGAUUUAUGAUGAAACUACUUAAUUAAUUGCCUUCUCCGUUUCCUCUAUAUUAUUACACAAAUUUCAUAUUGAUAUAUUGCAUUGCAUAGAUAAUAAACUAUUGAUAUUAAAAAGUAGAAUGUAAUCAUCGUAUCAUAAAAAUAAAAGCUAAAGCAACUUGAAAUUA